AUGCAUAAUACAAUAUCGACCAUGUUUCCUGUGUCAACACCUUCUAGCAGUGAAUGGCUAUGUUCGAAUGAUGUUCUCUCAUGGAAAUUUCCAAUAUCGAUUGGUUCGUAUACCUUACUCGGCCGUUCAAGAGCAGCUGAUGCUACGAGUUUAUAUAUUCCUGAGUUGGACAUGUUACUUGAUUGUGGUUGUUUAGUAGCAGUAGCUCGGCCGCUUUACAUAUUUAUCUCACAUGCACAUUCAGAUCAUUGCCUUGAUAUUACACGAUUAUUGAGUAGAGCUCGACCACCACAAGUUUUUCUUCCUAAAUCAGCUGUAGAACCCAUGAAAGAUUUCAUUGAAAAAUGUGGCAUUCUUCGAGCAGCUGGUAGAAUAGAUUCAGAAUCGCAAAAGCGGACACCUAAUUGUGAAUUAAUCGGUGUGAAACCUGAUGAUUUAUUACCGUUUCGAGAAACAAUGAAAGUUCGUGUAUUUAAUAUGGACCAUUCCGUGCCUUGCUGUGGCUAUGGUUUUUAUGAAUGUCGGCAAAAAUUACAAAACGAAUAUGAACAUUUGACCAGUAAAGAAAUUAUCGACAUGCCACGAGCUGAUAAAAAUUUACAACUUCCAGAAGAAAGAUUAUUUCCAUUAUUUGCGUUUAUGGGUGAUACAACAGCGACUAUCUUUGAUACAUAUCCAGUUGAACUUUUCCAAUUUCCGUUGAUUAUUAUUGAAUGUUCAUUUAUUGAUAAUGAACAACAUGCAGAACGAGCUUGCGAUGUUAAACAUGUUAUUUGGGAUGAUCUUCAACCGUUUGUCUUACAACAUCCAGAAAUUAUCUUUGUCUUAAUCCACUUUUCGAAACAGUACAAAAGUGAAAAAAUAAGAGAUUUUUUUCGACGGUUAAAUUUACCUAAUGUCGUACCAUUUAUAUAA